AUGAAAACAGGCAUACCUCAGGGUUCUGGUUUAGGCCCAUUGUUAUUUCUAAUUUACAUCAAUGAUUUACCAAAAUGUUUAAACGCCGGGACAAAACCAGAUAUGUUUGCGGAUGAUACCCAAAUUGCAACAUCAAGUGACGAUAUCAAAGUUAUCACUGAAACAUUAAAUAGAGAUUUAAACAAUGUUGCAAAUUGGCUGUCCGCAAACAAAUUAACUCUGAACAAUAGUAAAACCGAAUAUAUGAUAAUUGGUUCAAAGAAAAGGCUUAGUCAAGUGACUGCCGAUCCUGCUAUCAGUGUAGGUAACUUAGAAAUUAAGAGAGUUGAAAUGACAAAAUCAUUGGGCCUAAUGAUAGACGAGUCUUUAGACUGGACCGCGCAGGUCGAACACAUUUCAAAAAAGGUCACUUCAGGCCUUGCUAUUCUCAGACGACUCCGGGAUACAGUCGAAUUCAAUACCUUAAUAACAAUAUACAAAUCCAUAAUUCAACCUUAUUUCGAUUAUUGUGCUCAAGUGUGGGGUUGCUUAGGGAAAACAUUAGCAGCUAAAGUCCAAAAAUUACAAAACAGAGCGUUUCGAAUAAUCACUCCUGAGAAUUAUACGACACGAUCGGCUGAUAUAUUAAACAAGCUAAAAGUUCCGAACCUCGAAAAAAGAAGAAUGCAACAACUUUCAAUUCUCAUGUACAAGGUGAAAAACAAAUUGGUCCCCGAUUACUUGUUUGAUAUGUUCACAAAAGUUGGUGAUGUACACGACCAUAACACAAGACAGUUGGGAGCCGAUUUGACAUUGCCUAAGCCAAAAACAAAUAGUAUGAAAAAUGCAUUCUCCUACAGAGGUGCGGAAGUCUGGAACUGCCUUCCUGAAUCGGUAAAAGCAUCAACAACUAUUGCUAAUUUUAAAUCUAAGUUGAAGCAUGCAAAUUAACAUCAAGUGAUCCUGCCAUUGUUUCCAUCUACUUAAAAUAAUUUUCUUGUAAUUAUUUCUUAUUUCUGUUUGUGUGAGCACGGCCGGUUGGAAGAUCACCUUUUUUCUUUUUAUAUCUUGUACAUAAUUAAUUUUAGUAUAGGUGAAAUUGUACCGUGUUGAAAUAUAGUUCAUAAUAAUAAUAAUAAUAAUAAUAAUAAUAAUAAUAAUAAUAAUAAUAAUAAUAAUAAUAAUAAUAAUAAUAAUAAUAAUAAUAAUAAUAAUAAUAAUAAUAUGCACUUGGAAUUUAAAUGCUUAUGUUAGCCACAUGCCCUGAGUAUAACCUUGUUGACCUCCACGCUUGCAAACUUUCAUGAUUUGGCAAAGCACGAACAAUUAACAUUUUCUCAAUCUGAGUUAAAUCUUUCAUUUUAUUCUUAUCCCGAGAACAUCGUGAGCACACAUAUGGUGCUUUUGGUUUAGAUCAAGCUUCAAAACAAACAUGCCAUUAGGAUUAGUUCAAAAUCACUCACCACAACAGGCAAUUUAGUAUCACUCACCACAAUUGGCGGUUCAAUGCUGUGUGCCUCAGUAGGCGAAUCAAUAUUUUGUUCAAAUCGACAACAAAUAUCGAAAUUGACCAUUUGCGUAAUAGAUUAAAUUUUGAUCUAAACAAGUCUAGACAAAAAUUUCAUCACAGUUUGAAAAAGCAUCACAAAAUUAGUAAUAUUCCAAAGUUUCGUUGCGAAAGGUUGUAAAAUGCGGAUAAUAUAGCCUUGCGAAGUUUGCAAUUUUCAGUCAUUUUAGAUUACAAACGGGUAAUUGACAGCCCCAAAGGGUAUUGGGCUGUCAAUUUCCCGUUUGUAAUCCAAAUAACUGAAAAUUGCAAACGUCGCAAGGCUAUACUGUAUUAUCCGUAUUUUACAACAUUUUGCAACGAAACUUUGGAAUAUUACUAAUUUUGUGAUGCUCUUUCAAACUGUAAUGAAAUUUUUGUCUAGAUCAAAAUUUAGUCUAUUACGCAAAUGGUCAAUUGAACUCAUUCUACAAACACGAUACAAUAACAAAUUUUCGUAGGUUUCUCACGGACAAAUACACAACACCUGGUAGCAAGUGAAUCAAGUGAUAAGAUUAUUCAUCGCUUUUAUUAAUACAUUUUGUCGCCUUAUAAUAAAAUACUAUAUUUUAAUUUUAAACGUCGUGCUUCUCAUGUGCCGAAACAUUUAUAGAAACAAUAGAUCAGCUGAUUAUCUAUUGUUUUUAAUGCGUUCAGCCAUGAGAAGCGAUAGGCUGUUAAAAAGCCCCAGUAAACUAUUAAAGGCACACCGUUUACCUCUAGACUUAACAUCAAAACAGUCAUCGCCUUGAUUAAUGUUCCCUCGGAUAACAAUUGCCAUAAUUUGUAGAUUGCUUCAGCGUCAGGUUGUGCAUGUAUUUGAAGUAUAUGAGAGAAAUUCAUGUGUUUCUUGUAACUACUUCCUGUGCGCCCGGCAAGCGUAAUUAAUUUUCGUAACCCCCCUGAAUUGCUGACAUACAAACACAAAAAAUCGAGAUUCAAGCUCGUCUACUAAACUCGGCGCGCGGAGACUGGUACGGUCGAGAAUAGUGUGCUGCCUCGCUGAGGCUCGGCAGCAAUUACCCACAGGACUACUGUAUCAUGAUGAUGCACUGUAGUUUAUUUUUCAACUACAGUAGUAUAGAUACUAGAGCAGGGUUCUUGACAAGAUACCAUUUUCAGGCAUUUCACAUACGGGCAAUUCCUGUGUCAAUAUAUUUUUAAUUCUAAUAUUUUUUAUUGUUUAAUGUAAUCUAGGUGAAAUGGCAUCAAUGCCGGAACAAACAACUGCAUCGUCAGGUUAUGGUGCUUUCACCGCUCCAAACUAUGGUACGUUUUUGGUUUUUAUCCACUACAACUGA